CGUUUAAAGGAAGGUGAAAGACGUAUGGAGGAAAGAUUAAAAAUAGUUGAGAAAAGAGACAGAUUAGUGGAGGAAAUGGAGAAAUUAAUUGAAGCUAAAAUCUUAAAAUUAAAUGAAAGAAUUGUUAAACUCGAAGCAAGUCGAAGAUUAAUUGAGGAACAUGAAAGAUUAGCGAGGAAAAAGAAGAGAUGGGGUAGUUGUCAGAUAGUAAGUGAGAAUGGUGGUACAAUUUUGAAACGUACUCGUUCUCAUUAUGAUUUAUCUUUAACCGAAUAA